AUGUGGACGGCGUCCUGCGUCCGGCUGUGCUCGGUCCUGACGGCCCUGGGGACGUCUACGCGUGUCCACUGGCUGCCUUCUGUCCGCGGGAUCUCUGCGGCUCAGAUCGAUGAAGAGGUGGCCAAGCUGCUGGAGCUGAAGGCCCGGCUCGGAGGAGACGAUGGAAAGCAUCAGUUUGGCACAAGGGACUACAACCCCAAGCAGAUGGCCAUCAGGGAGAAGGUCUUCAACACCAUCGUCAGCUGCUUUAAGCGCCACGGAGCAGAGACCAUCGACACGCCCGUUUUUGAGUUAAAAGUAGGUCUGCCCUCGUUUUCCUCUGGAACCGAGGCUGUCGCCAGCCGGCCCUCGAACACGGAGGAAACGCUGACGGGGAAGUAUGGAGAAGAUUCCAAGCUCAUCUAUGACCUGAAAGACCAAGGCGGAGAGCUGCUCUCCCUCAGAUACGACCUCACUGUGCCCUUUGCCCGCUACCUGGCCAUGAACAAGAUAACCAACAUCAAGCGCUACCACAUCGCCAAGGUGUAUCGCCGCGACAACCCGGCAAUGACCCGCGGGCGCUACCGAGAGUUUUACCAAUGCGAUUUUGACAUCGCGGGUCAGUACGACGCCAUGAUCCCAGACGCCGAGUGUCUGAAGAUCGUCUACGAAAUCCUCAGCGAGCUGGAGCUCGGGGACUUCUGCAUCAAGGUCAACGACAGACGCAUCCUGGAUGGGAUGUUCGCCGUGUGCGGAGUCCCGGACGACAAGUUUCGCACCAUCUGCUCAACAGUGGACAAACUAGAUAAGAUGCCCUGGGAGGAGGUUAAACGAGAGAUGGUGAACGAGAAGGGUCUGUCGGAGGAGGCCGCCGACCAGAUCGGGGAGUACGUCAGCAUGAAGGGUGAGACCUCUACACCAGACGCAGGCGGCUCCAGCCAAAGGGGGGAAACGGAGGCUUCAGAUGCCCACACGGCACAGAACCCUGUUGGGGGGAUGGACCUGGCCGAGAAGCUCCUCCAGGACCCCAAAAUGUGUCAGAGUAAGCAGGCGUGCGCGGGCCUGUCGGACAUCAAACUUCUCUUCAGCUACCUGCAGCUGUUCCAGGUCACAGAUAAGGUUGUGUUUGACCUCAGCCUGGCCCGGGGGCUGGACUACUACACAGGAGUGAUUUACGAGGCCGUGCUGUCCCAGGCCGGUGUGGCCCCGGCUGCAAACGAGGCCCCGAACGGCACCAGCGCGGAGGAGAGCGUCAGUGUGGGGAGCGUGGCGGGAGGGGGCCGCUACGACGGACUGGUGGGCAUGUUUGACCCCAAAGGCAGGAAGGUUCCCUGCGUGGGGGUCAGCAUCGGCAUCGAGAGGAUCUUCUCCAUCAUGGAGCAGAAGGCCGCGGCCUCGGCCGAGAGGGUCCGCACGACAGAGGUGCAGGUCAUGGUGGCGUCCGCCCAGAAGAACCUCCUGGAGGAGAAACUCAGACUCAUCAGUGAGCUCUGGAACGCUGGCAUCAAGGCUGAGGUGAUGUACAAGAAGAACCCCAAACUGCUCAGCCAGCUGCAGCACUGCGAGGAGUCCGGCAUCCCCCUGGUGGCCAUACUGGGGGAACAGGAGCUCAAAGACGGAGUGGUCAAAUUGCGGGUAGUGGCCACCAGAGAAGAGGUCGAUAUAUCCCGAGCUGAUCUCAUCAGUGAAAUAAAGAAAAGGACCUCUGAGGCGUAA